CAACCCCAACGUGUUGUUGUUAUAGUGAUGUGUAAUUACUGGAGGAAACCAUGCAGUAUAGUUAGGCUUGUUUUUUUCUUCUUACAGUAACCUGCGACUCCAGAGAGACAACAGGUAUGUGCCAUUGCAAACAGUUUAGGGAUUAGUGGCCUUACCUGAGGGCACUGAUCUCUUCCAACUUUAUGGUCCUCUCAUCUUGCCGAAGCUCGAUGACAAAAGUUCUAUCUACGACUGGGUGUCCAGCAAGCCUUACUGUAUUCCAUUGCCUCAUCUUCUUGAUUCCCAUAACCCAGAAAUGUCGGGGGACAUUCUCCAGCGGCUCAUCUUUGACCCCAUCCCAUCUUCUCUUCCGUCACCCAGCCCCACCAUCCUCGCCUCCCAGGUCCCCAUUCUGUUCCGAGAGCCCUACAUCCUGUCGGGCUACCGUCCCAUCCGGCAGAACUGGCUCUGUUACCUCUUCAGCCUCUUCCAGAGACACAAUGAGACCGUAAACGUGUGGACACACUUGUUGUUCUGUCCUGUGCUGCUGCUCCGCUGGUGGGCCAAUAUAGGUGCCCCGGGGUACACCUUGGAUGCAGCAUGUCUACCUCUGAUCCUCUACCUGCUGUCUGCUUUCGCCUAUCUGUUGUUCAGUGUGGCAGCUCACCUCUUCCAAUCUCACUCUGAACAUGCCCAUUAUUUCUUGUUCUUCAUGGACUAUGUAGGGGUAGCAGUGUAUCAGUAUGGUUCUGCACUUGGCCAUUAUUUCUACACGUCAGAGCCAGCAUGGAGAAAAAGCUCUAUCGGGCCACUGUAUCUUCCUGGAAUUGCCUUAUUUGGCUGGCUCUCGUGUGGAGGAUGCUGUUUCGCUAAGUUCAGGUACCAGCGGCCUUAUCCAAUACAGCGUAAAAUUUUCCAGCUGAUCCCUAACUCCUUAUCAUAUUUUCUAUGCAUCAGCCCUGUAGUCCAUCGCCUGUUCACCGUCUCCUGGACGCAGGAGACCUGGUUACACUUCUACGCUCUUCAGAUUGCCCUUUUCCUUCUGUCCGCUCUCUUCUUCUCAUGUCGCAUCCCCGAAUGCUACUUCCCGGGCUGCUGUGACUUUGUGGGUCAGGCUCACCAGAUCUUCCAUGUGUUGUUGGGUUUGAGCACCGUUUUCCAGCUGGAAGCCCUUUCUCAGGACUACGCCAGGCGGAGGGAUACAGUUGUGGAGGUGUUUGGAGAAAAGCAGCUGUGGUGGGCUUGUGUAUGUCAUGCCAUCCUCUUCAUGUCUUCCAUUCUAAUAGCACUCAUCACAAUGUGGUACAUGACCAAAAAACAGCAGGGAACAAAAGUAAGAGAGAAGUGAAAUUGGGGUUUGUUUUAAAUGUACCAAAUUCUAUUUAUAAAAGAUACUUUCAUAAAUCCAACUGUAUAGGUUUUAUUCAAAGAGGCAGUUCACCCCUAAAUGAAAAAUUAAUAUUCUUGCUCUAUGUGUCAAUCUAUAUUGUUUUGAUUUAAGGUCCUUGAGAUAUGUCUCUUUCCAGAAAUGAUGACCUGCAAACUAAAGAAAAUCCACAUAUUUUGUUGUUAGCAGUUUCAUGUAGGAACCUUUAUUAUUUCAGACAAUGCUUUAGAUUUUUCAAAUGUACUUUUUUGUCACCAAAAGGCAAGUGCCAUCUAGUUCGGCAAUUUGAGUUAAAGUGGACAUCUCUACAGCUGAUAUCUCCAACUCACUGCAACUCACACUAACACAAUAUAGAUUAACACAAAGCACUGCAGGUAGAAGGAACAAUAUGCAUUUUAGAUUGUAGGUAGUGAGAAACAAAGUGAGUCUGUAAGAAAAAUGUAAUAACUUAAAGGGCUCCUAUGAUUCUAUAUUUGAACAAUAUAUUGUAGGGCAAUAUCUAUACAAAACUUGUCUGUGAAGGGUUUUGCUCAAAAUACCUAACACCCAUUGUAGCAUGCCCUCAUCCCCCUCUAUUUCAGCCCUGUUCCUGAAGUGCUGUUUCUGUGACUGUUGCUUUAAAUUUGAGCUCAGCUCAAGCUGGCCACCUGCUUUGGAGCGUUAUGCAGCUCUCUCUCCUCUGUGAAGAGAUACGUUUCUAUAAUAAGAAUAAUAGGUACUCAGUGAUGCAAUGCAAUUCAUCGCCACAACAGUAGGAGGCACAAUGUUUUUUGUAAAGACUGACCAAGAUUCUUUUGACGUCUAUCGUCGUCGCUCGUUGUAUUUGUUUACCAGACAUUCACCAGACGUUCUUCUGCUUGAUCCAUUCUAGCUUUUUUUUUAGAUUGUAGGAAUUGAAAACCGGGGAAAAGCGAAAUGACGGAAAUGACGUUUGUCGUUUUAGCAGACCAAUCACAGCCCUUAUGGCUGCGUCGCCUUGACGCAAGGUUACAAUUUUUGGGAGGUGCACGCAACGACGCAAGGAGGGCCCGCAACAACGCAACGGGUACAUAAGGUACCUUGCGUAACGUCGACAUUGAACCAUAUAUCGGCCUUAAGUCUCUCCUGCAGACAUCCUGCUGAAUACACAGACACACAGAGGUGCUGCGGAGGGUAUUCAGCUCAGGAGUUCAAUUUAAAGCCAGCCCACAUUUUGGUCAUUACGUCAUAACCAAAGCAAAUCUGGAUCACUCGUUUGUACCCCCGCUUUUAGAGAUAUGGGUAAGGAGGAAAAGAGAGAAGGUUGUAUUUUGUGACACUUUGUGAGUCUCCUUACAUACCGGGGACACAUAUUUAUGCAUAAAAGACAUCGAAAAGUGCAUUUGCAUGAUAGGGGACCUUUAAAUUAUUCAAAAAAUACAAAAAAUACAAAAAAAGCUUAUUGUGGGGUACAAUACAAUAUUUCAAAGGUUAUCUGACAUUUACAAAAUAUUGCUGAAUCAAAAAAGAAAGAGUAAAGUCAUUACUCCCCAUAGAUGCUGAUUCAGUUGAGUUUUCCACAAUGAGUCAUCCUGCAAUGUAAUUGCUUCUGAUGACAGUUCAGAUGAGAAUGCUGAUGAAGGACAUUGGUCCCAAUCAUGCAUCUUUGUUCGCUGUGGUGGAUGAGUCAGAUAGUAGGAUUUUAGAAUCAGAUCAGAAACAGGUUUAUUGCCAUGCCUGUUUGCACAUACGAAAAAUUUGCCUUGGUGUAAAUGGUGCAUACAUAAACACAGUUAAAGAACAUAAAAAGUACGAAAAACAAAAAAAUGAAAUAAAAUCAAUUGAAGCUAUUACACGAUGUAUGUGUGUGUGUGUGUGUGUUUGGUUAUUAGGAAUUUGACCAAUCAAAUGACCUAUUAUACCCUCAAGACAUGACAAAGGAGUUACUCAAUGAUAGUCAGUAGUGGCUUGGACUGGGAGUCGUAGGGUUGCUGGUCCACGAACAAACCUAAAAUAUGGAAUCUGGACUUGUACUCUGAGAAAUCCCAGUUUACCUCUGCCUUGGUGUCUUUGAGCAAGGCACAAGACACCCCCAAAGCCUCAAGGCUUAUUUAUGGUUCAACGUUGACGCAACGCAAGGUACCUUAUGUACCCGUUGCGUCGUUGCGUGCACCUCACAAAAUUUGUAACCUUGCGUCAGGCGACGCAACCGUAAGGGCUGUAAUUGGUCCGCUAAAACGAUAAACAUAAUUUCCGUCAUUUCGCUUUUCCCCGGUUUUCAAUUCCUACAAAGACCGCCAUUUAAAAAAAAAGCUAGAAUGGACCAUGCAGAAGAACGUCUGGUGAAAGUCUGGUCAAACUCAUUUAUGUGACCCGCGAGUUUUCAAAACAUAUAAUACAUUUGUUAUAUGGCUACACGCCGCUUUACAGAAGCAUGUUUCCCAUAAACUACAUGUCCCACAAUUCAUCUUGUUUUGUGACAUGCGCACUGAAGCGACUUCAGUCACUGUCGAGUGAGGCAGUGAGUAACAGUUACAGGUAACAGCGACACCAAACACGAAAAUUCAAAUUAUAAAUACUUAAAUAGUGCUUGAUCUAAAAAAAAGAAUAAUAAUAAAGCUAAUAAAAUAAUAAAAUCUCAUAAAUUAAUGGGAUUUAUUUAACAGACAGAAAUGUAAGUGUGCACCACAUACAAUAUCUCUGUGUCUACGUGCACCAUAUGUCAGUGCACAACUAUGUGUUAAUGCUACCAAACUCAUUUUUUAAAUAAAUUGUACAAUUGUUGUAGUUGUUGCAUAUUUUCCCUUGCAAUUAUUUGCCCUAGAGUUCUGCUUUCAGAUUUUUACCAAAACCAAUAAUUAUCCAAUGCAGAGGCAAUUAUGUAAUAUAAUACAUUAUUUUAUAUAUAUUAUAUAUGUAUAUUUAUUUUGUCUUAAAGUUAAAACCAGCCCUUUGAGUGCAACCAUAAUGCUAAUGUGGCCCGCGAUGAAAUUUAGUUUGCCACCCCUGGUCUAUGGCAUGGCUAAUACAGUCGCUGCUUUAUUUAUGUCUGUAUGACUUUGUUGUGAGUGUGAACGGAGCAGCUCCACCGUUAGCUUAGCCUGAUCGAUCCGAUCUCCAUUGAAAAACUUAGCUAGCAUCAGGAAAGUUAUUAUUUUUUCAAUUUGAACACAAAUAGAGAUUGACUAUUAGCUAGGUUCAUUCACAUAGCCAGCAGAUUUUGCUAUGAGGAUACAAAUAUUUUUAAUUGUCCAUGAUUACUGCAGGUUUUCCUUUCGCCCUGCAGUGAACGUGUGGCUAUUGAGUUUGCUUUGUGUAGGUGAGGAUAUAUCAUUGCCUUAUCUGCAGGACUUCAAAAGAUCAGUAUGACAGAAUAGAGCUGUUAUACAGGUAAUGGGCUAUGAAUUACUUGGUGACAAAGUCAUUAAUAACAAAAAGAUGUGUUUGUGUGAUUUUAAAGACUCAGGGAUGGUGAGAUCGGUGAGUGUGGAUGUGUGUGUUAGUCUAUAUAUCAAUGCUAUUUUCCCUCUGCCUGUAAAACAUUUAACAAUUAUGCUGUUAAAUGCAUUAAUAGUUACAUUGCAGUUACAUUUUGGGAAAUAGAGUAAUUAAAAUAGAGGAAAUAGAUGCCACCUUUUUUCUGUAAUGAUUAUCCAAAUUAGAUAAAUAUAUUGGCUUUGGAAAGACUAUAUAGAAAGAUAUGUUGCAUCAUCAGAAAAAUUCAAGCUAGCUGUGGCUAAGCUAAUGAUCUCCUAAUAUUUGCUUUACAUCCAAUAGACAGACAUAGGGGUCGUAGCAGUUCCAUAAACAUAGCAAACAAGAAAAAGCUUUGGCAAAAACCCAACAGAAAUCAGUAAAAAAAAAGGAUUGUUUUGUAAAACAGUAACAGUUUUUGUAUACUGUUCAUAUGAAAAGUGUGUAAUUAUUCACCUGAACGUAAAAUUACAUAAUUGGUCUACUUUUGAUUGGGUGAGGGUGGCAAAAUUGCAUUGAGUCAGUUAUGUGGGUAUUCCCAGCCAUUUUGUGUGAGCCUUUCAUUCAUUUGCUUACAAACAAUUAAUCGUAUAUAUGUCACACAUAUAGGGAUAACUUUACACUAUAACUUAAAGAGUUGGUUUCAUGACUUAAGCUCAGACCUUUUAAAGUGAUCAGAUGAAAUAUUGUCACUUCCAUGUUCAGAACCUUUGAAGUUUGGUAUUCCUUGUCUCCUGUGUCUACAUCAGACCCUAACCCUAACCCCUCACUGUUAUUUCUUUCUGAAAUAUAUUUUCCUUGUGAGUAUUUUCAAAUCUAUUUCUGUGUUUCUUUGUUAAAUAUUUUAUCUCCUACAUCAGUAAUUGAACACAACAAAAACAACUUCAUAUUUAUAGUAUGUAACGAUACAAGUAUAAAAUGCCCUUUGCUUGGGAUGAGUGGCCAAUUUUCUGCAAUCUUGUGAACAGCUGCUAGAGGGAGGUGUUGUUUCAAUGCGUUUGUGUGUGUAGAUGUGUGCCUAAUCAACCUGAAAAGUGGUCGGUUCAGCUCUCUCUAUAAUAUGUCUGAGAAAAAAAAAAAUUGCAUUCCAAAAUACCUGGAAGGCGCAGCCACCUUAGGUGCAGAUGUGACUGUUUGCUGACAUAACACAAUGGGUUUUUAUGGACUUGUGCCAGCACCUCCUUCAUAGAGACACAGACAUGACACUAAAGAAGUGAGUCCCUCCCUAAUUUAUCUUGGUAGUUUGAGCCAUAUAAAGCAAAGGCAGUUGAAUGACUGACAGCAGUUGGUGACAGAGCUACAGCGGAGUCAAGCAGCCUACAAUAACACCAGCACAAUGCUUGCUUCAAAAGGAAUGGCUGACAUGUUGGGUUGGGUUUCCUCCCCAGAGGUGGGCAUCAUCUCCCUCGUUGUCUUCUUUGUCAUCGGUGUCGCUCUGCUCGCCCUUUGUGCCAGAUGUCAAAGGAACACUGGCAAUGCGUAUGAUGUGAACACCACUAUGCCUGAUGCAGAAAAAGGAGCCAACAGGAGUGCUGGAGCCAACGGGAGCGCUGGAGCCAACGACCCAGGGGCCUCAACAACAUGGAGGAGCCACGGAAGCAUGCCACCCAGCACACUACAAAGAGCUGUAGCAGAGACCAACUAACCUGCCAGUUACAGUCGUGAACAAUAACCCCUCAGCCACAUUACAAACACGCAACCUAAGACACAAGAUCGCAAUUUCGCAAGGUAAGAAUCAGGAAAGAGGAUAAGUUACGCUCAUCAUCCCAUUGCACAGUUUUCAAAACUAAAACCAAGUGCAGAUAUGGACAAAAACAGAGGAAGGGCAGGGGGAAAGGUCCUGUCCUCCGCCAGCUCAUCUUGUCUUCAUCACAUCUUUUCUGGAUACAAUCUCAAACGAAGAACCUCUUUUUAAAGUCUCUCAUUUAUGGUCAACAAUAACUUUUAUUCUAAAGAGAGAUUUUUACCUUGUGUUUUUUCCAAAGAGUUUGGCCUCUUUUUUUCAAGUUUUCUCUUCUUUGUCAAUCUUUUUCCUGAGUAGAAGGAGAGGGAGAGAGACCGGAAAGGUCCGAAACGUUUUAGCUUGUUCAUCAUAUUUACCUAUAAUUUCACCAUUUUGGGAAACAUGCUUAUAGGCUUUCUUGCUUGGAGUUAUAUGAGAAAAUAGAUCCCUCUUAUAUAUGUGGAAAACAUUUGUUUGCAGUGUUUAUGGCUGUAGUUUAACACACACAAAUGAAAGGUGUAUUUCCUUUAUAGUUUUCUAGUGCGAUAUAGUGAUACCAUUGGUUGCAUCCACUGGUUUCAUCUAACAACAUGCAAAUAAAGAAGAUGACUGCUAACUCAUUUUCAUACUGUAGGUAAAUCAAUUCAAAAAAAUAUAUUUUUAACUUUCAGUGCUUUUACUAUCAACAGUGGGAUGGACUUCCUGUUUGUAUUUUCUAUGCUUUUCUGUUUUUUCAAGGUGGUGUAGCUUAGGUCUGUCCUAUUGUAUUCCCUCUGUUGUAAUACUGUAUGACAUUCAUGACAUUUGUGGCUCUGUUUAUCCUAGAAACAAAGACAUAAAAGUUUAAAAGGCA